CGCGAGGCGGAGCGGGGCCCCACGCAGGCCGCGGCGGCUGGCUCGGGCCCCUACGGUCCCGGCGGCGGCUGGAGGAGGAAGCCAGACGGCUGGAAGAAGAGGGGAGGAGGAGGAGGAGGCCGAGGCUGGAGCGCCGCUCGCCACAGACUCACUUCCCCGGCUCAGCAGGGAAAGGUUCCUAGGAGGCCAGUGCGGACGGUAUGCAAAGUUGUGAAUCCAGUGGCGACAGUGCGAAUGACCCUCUCAGUCGUGGCCUACGGAGAAGGGGACAGCCUCGCGUGGUGGUGAUCGGCGCUGGCUUGGCUGGCCUGGCUGCGGCCAAAGCACUUCUGGAGCAGGGCUUCACGGAUGUCACUGUGCUCGAGGCUUCCACCUGCAUCGGAGGCCGCGUGCAGAGCGUGAAACUCGGACACGCCACCUUUGAGUUGGGAGCCACCUGGAUCCAUGGCUCCCAUGGGAAUCCCAUCUAUCAUCUAGCAGAAGCCAAUGGCCUUCUGGAAGAGACAACUGAUGGGGAGCGCAGCGUGGGCCGUAUCAGCCUCUACUCCAAGAAUGGCGUGGCCUGCUACCUCACCAACCGUGGCCACAGGAUCCCCAAGGACGUGGUUGAGGAAUUCAGUGAUUUAUACAACGAGGUCUAUAACUUGACCCAGGAGUUCUUCCGGCAUGGUAAACCAGUCAAUGCUGAGAGUCAGAACAGCGUGGGGGUGUUCACCCGGGAGGAGGUGCGCAACCGCAUUAGGGAUGACCCUGACGACCCUGAGGCCACCAAGUGCCUGAAACUCGCCAUGAUCCAGCAGUACCUGAAGGUGGAGAGCUGUGAGAGUAGCUCGCACAGCAUGGACGAUGUGUCCCUGAGUGCCUUUGGGGAGUGGACCGAGAUCCCCGGGGCCCACCAUAUCAUCCCUUCGGGCUUCAUUCGGGUUGUGGAGCUGCUGGCCGAGGGCAUCCCCGCCCACGUCAUCCAGCUGGGGAAACCCGUCCGUUGUGUGCACUGGGACCAGGCCUCGGCCCGCCCCCGGGGCCCUGAGAUUGAGCCCCGGGGCGAGGGUGACCACAACCUUGACGCCGGGGAGGGCGGCCAGGGGGGAGAGGAGCCCCGGGGGGAUGGGCGGGAUGAGGACGAGCAGUGGCCGGUGCUGGUGGAGUGUGAGGACUGCGAGGUGAUCCCCGCGGACCACGUGAUCGUGACCGUGUCGCUGGGCGUGCUCAAGAGGCAGUACACCAGCUUCUUCCGGCCGGGCCUGCCCACCGAGAAGGUGGCCGCCAUCCACCGCCUGGGCAUCGGCACCACCGACAAGAUCUUUCUGGAAUUCGAGGAGCCCUUCUGGGGCCCCGAGUGCAACAGCAUACAGUUUGUGUGGGAGGAUGAGGCGGAGAGCGGCACCCUCACCUACCCGCCGGAGCUCUGGUACCGCAAGAUCUGCGGCUUCGAUGUCCUCUACCCGCCCGAGCGCUACGGCCACGUGCUGAGCGGCUGGAUCUGCGGCGAGGAGGCCCUCGUCAUGGAGAAGUGCGACGACGAGGCGGUGGCCGAGAUCUGCACGGAGAUGCUGCGGCAGUUCACAGGGAACCCCAACAUUCCAAAACCUCGGCGAAUCCUGCGCUCGGCCUGGGGCAGCAACCCCUACUUCCGAGGCUCCUAUUCGUACACGCAGGUGGGAUCUAGUGGGGCAGAUGUGGAGAAGCUGGCCAAGCCCCUGCCAUACACCGAGAGCUCCAAGUUGGCGCAAGGAAGCUCCUCAAAGCAGCAGCCCGGUCACCUUUUAUCUUCCAAGUGCUCAGAACAGUCCCUGGACCCUAAUAGGGGCUCCAUAAAGCCCAUGCAGGUGCUGUUCUCGGGUGAGGCCACUCACCGCAAGUACUACUCCACCACCCAUGGUGCUCUGCUCUCUGGCCAGCGCGAGGCUGCCCGUCUCAUCGAGAUGUACCAGGACCUCUUCCAGCAGGGGACCUGAGGGCCCUCUUCACUCCUGAGCGUGUUCCUUAAAGAGCCACUAACUCGUGACUGCCAGCCCUGCCCUUUGCUGCCGUGUGCUCCUAAUUUCCUAAUCCACUGUAGAAUGGAUUUGUACCUUUCGUAGAGCUAGACACCCUGACUGGCUUCAGAUCUGGUCCUGUAGCUUUUCCUUUUCUCUGUGCCGGGUGGUGACCAGGGUGGGGCCCGUUGAUUUACCUCUGUGCUCUGACCUCUGACCUCUGACCUCCCUGUGCCUCCCCUCCCCUCCUGCCUUGUUAUUGUAAGUGCCUUCAAUACUUUGCAUUUUGGGAUAAUAAAAGAGGCUUGCCCUUCCCGUACCCCUCAGCUGUCUCUUCCAUUUACCUCAGCCUCUUAUGUGUGUGUCUGUAGUUUUUGUUAGCAUAUCCUCUUUGAAUGAGGGGAUGGUGGGAGGGCUGUGGCCUGGCUGUGCCCCCAGAAGGUAGGGUGCCUGCCUUACUGGAAGGGGUCUCCCCUCACCUCAAUCUGUUUGUGGUUGUUUGCCUUGCUGCCGGCGAGACCCCUCAGGGAUAAGGGCUCCUCACUACUCAGCUCAGCUCCUUCAGGAUGGGCCUGUGUCUGCCCACCGGCCCUUUGCUGGACUACUCAGAGCCCUACUGGGUGGCAUGGCCACAUGGAGCGAAGGGCCCACGUUGAUGGAGCAUCUCAUGGUAGAUGGAAAAGAGAGAUACUGGAACAUCUUAACAUUUCUACUCAGAAGUGGCAUAUGUUAUUUCUAUUUACAUUUUAUUGGUCAAAGCAAAUCAGUGGCUGAAUUUGCUUGAUGUCAGUGAAUAGGCAUAUAAUCUUCCUGCAGAAAAGUACCCAGCAGGUUGGGGCAGCAAAUGUUUUCAUAAUUAUAAUAUAAUCUAUCAUACUGGUCAUGACAUACUAUUAUUUUAAUAUGCUGAUGGAUUUCACGUGCAAAUAUUUAUUUAGGCUUUUGCAUCUAUGUUCACAAGUGACCUAAGAUUUUUUAUCUUAGGCUUUCCAGGCUUUUCUUUCUUCCCCUCUUGGGCUUUUAAAAUAAUUUGGGUAGCUUUGCAUCUUUUUACUAUAUGCAUUAGAAAAGUGUGUAUAGAAUGUUAAAUAUCUGGUUCCUGGAGGUUUAAAGAACUUACUUGCAAAACUG